GAAAACUACCAUAACCUCCAAUAUGACCCACAUCACAGAUAAAAUCCAUGAAAAGCUUACGGGCCAUAAGAAGAGCAGCAAGGAUAUCUGUAACUACGACAAGGGCUUUGUUGUUCCGGAAAAUCUGAAAUUCCUCGCUAUGGGCUACUCAGCUUCUGGUCGCAACCACUUUGCAGAGGAGGUUUACGGGAAAAGGUCCAGUUCCGAAUCAAACACGGUGAACCAGGUACCAAAUACGGAGAUAUAUGGCGCCGCUGCUACAGACGCCCGACUCCAGUUUCAGAAUGACGAUCACGCCCAAAGCGACGAUCGCACUCGAAACGUUGAUAAGAGAUAGAGAAGCUCGAACUAAGGCAGAUCAAAGCUUUAUUCCAAGGAAAAGAAUGAUUGUGGCCUCGAGUGCCUGCCUAACGAGAUUAACUAAAUGUAUAUUUGUACAUC